AUGUCCACAUCGCAUCACAAGGAUCUGGAGCGACUCCUCAUUGAUGAGAACAUCUUUCCUGAGGGGUACCAUCAUCCAAAUGGCCAUCCAACCCCCAAACCGAGCAAUCUAGACCAAAUUUUGGAGGACUUGUCAGUUAUGAGAUACGACAUGCGAGACGACUCAACAGCCGAAUUCAGAAUAUUCCAGCAGAUGAAUAACAGUGUCUCAAGAAGCACAAUAAUGCGCAGAGUAAUUCCAAUCCUUGAGGGCAGUGCAGGCACCGACAUCAUGAAUGACGGCGACAUCGAGUUGGAUAACUUAGCCCCUCUUGUCGAAGACAUCGAAAUAGUCCUUCAACCAGACUAUUUUAAUGGAGCUCCUUUUACUGCUGUAUAUAAGCAAGUAAGAGACGCUCUGGGUGGAAUCAUCAUACCGAGCACAGACAUCCGAGUCCCGGUAGCUCCAAACUUCUUCUUAGAGGUUAGAAGGCCAUCCGGGAACGCCGUCACCACAAAGCUAGAAGCAUGCUAUUACGGAGCAUGCGGCGCGCGAUUAAUGAACGCAAUGCAGAAUUAUUUCUAUGGCGGCGAUUACCCAUAUGACAACUACGCCCAUUGUUUCACCGCAACGUAUAUCAAUGGCCUCCUCAAAAUCUACGCCCAUUUUACCACUGCGUCGGCUUCUACUACCGGAGCAUCGCCGGCAUACCACAUGGUCGAACUCAAAGCCUUCAAUAUGACGAGCACCUACGAGGAUUUUAUUGCUGGUUGUGCUGCUUUUCGGAAUGCGCGGGAUAUGGCUGCCAAAUUCAGAAACUGCUUCAUUGCGCGUGCGAACGAAGAGGUGUCAGAGUAUAGAUUGGAGGAAGACGCAAAUGAGGUUGCAAAUUGA